AUGUUUCGACGUUUUCCUUCUUUCGAAAGUUUAUUUCCUUUUUAUUCAGUCACAUACAAUCGGUCCGCACAGGUAUUCCUUCACCCCUCCGUCGGUAUUCCUUCACCCCUCCGUCGGUAUUCCUUCACCCCCUCCGUCGGGAUUCCUUCACCCCUCCGUCGGUAUUCCUUCACCCCCUCCGUCGGGAUUCCUUCACCCCUCGGUGGGUUUAAUUGGCGUUUGCCUGUUAUGAAUCCGCCACACUACCCACCCGCCAUUUUCCCCAUCUAUCAGGAGCAGGAGCAGGUAGAUUUUCCUUUGGCAGACAGGAGAUUAUCUGUCUGGUCAACGUGUCUUCUCUGGCGAACUCUAAACAUUCCAUAUUCGUCCUUUCCCUCUGUUAUUUCUAUCUUUAUUUCCUGCAUUUUCUUAUCUUUAUAUUCUUCAUUUCUCACUCUUGUCAUUAGUUCUCUUACCUCGCUUUUCAUUUUUAUACUUUUCCUUCUUCCUACGUACUUUCUUAGCUUCUAUAAAUGCCUUUCUUACUUUCUUUCUUUUAAUGCUUUCAUUUAUCCAAUUUUUUCUAUCGUCUUUCCAUUAUUCUUUUGUAUUUUUUUUUUUUUGCCGUGUUUCUUUUCUGUCUUUCUUUCUCGACUUUUAUUCAUUACUUUAGUUUUUUUUCUAUUGUCUUUAAUCCUUUUUUAUUACCUUUCGUUCUUUUUCCCCUUUUAUUUCUCUUGUUUUCUUUUCCUUAUUUCUUUUUUCCGGCUUCUUUUUCUGUCCUUCUUCCUUUUCAGCCUUUCUUUUUUUUUUUGCCGUUCUUUCUUUUUAGACUUUCUUUCUUUUCUACCUUUCUUUCUUUUUCUGCUUUUCUUCCUUUUCAGCCUUUCUUUCUUUUUCUGCCUUUCUUUCUUUUCAUCCUUUGUUAUUUUCAGCCUUUCUUUCUUUUUCUGCUUUUCUUCCUUUUCAGCCUUUGUUAUUUUCAGCCUUUCUUUCUUUUUCUGCCUUUCUUUCUUUUCAUCCUUUGUUAUUUUCAGCCUUUCUUUCUUUUUCUGCUUUCUUCCUUUUCAGCCUUUGUUAUUUUCAGCCUUUCUUUCUUUUUCUGCCUUUCUUUCUUUUCAUCCUUUGUUAUUUUCAGCCUUUUUUUUUCUUUUCAUCCUUUGUUAUUUUCAUCCUUUCUUUUUCUUUUUCUGCAUUUCUUACUUUUCCCGCAUUUCUUUCUUUUUCUGA